ACUUUUUCAACCAUUACUGGAUACAUCGCCGCGUGUAUCGCAACCUUUCUUUGGAAUUUCUGCCACCAAUUCGACCCCUCGACGAUAGCUGCGUACCCUGCCCUGGUGUCUUGGUCAACCAUCCUCGCGAUAUGUGCUUCUUGAACGACAGGCAUGCUCAUUAGUAUUGGUGUACCUGAUCCUCCUCGCCACGGUGCUUGAACUGGACACGACAAUGAUAACAACGCUCGCCGCUGGUGGCACGGGCGACAGGCUCACAAGGAUAACCAUUAUCCUGGCCGGUGUUGCCGCGCUUGUCUCAUCACUAAUAUCCUUCUUAUCAAUAUGGCUACAAACGAAGAACUAUCGGAAACCAAUGCUGCAGCGAUAUGUGAUUCGUAUCCUACUCAUGGUACCUAUCUACGCAGCCUCGUCAUGGGCGUCAAUCAUGUCCUUGACAGCCGCUUUCUACCUCGAUCCUCUCCGAGACAUAUAUGAAGCAUUCACGAUCUAUACCUUCCUCCAACUCCUCAUAAACUUUCUCGGAGGCGAACGUUCUCUCAUUAUCAUGAUGCAUGGAAGACCACCUGUCUCGCAUCCAUGGCCCAUCAACCUCUGUUGCUCCAAGGUCGACAUUUCCGACCCGCAUACAUUCCUUGCGAUCAAAAGAGGUAUCCUACAAUACGCAUGGUUGAAGCCUAUACUCGGCAUUCUCACCAUCGUGCUCAAGUCUACCGGGACAUACCACGAAGGUUACAUUGGCCUUAAUUCGGGCUAUCUGUGGUUGGGUAUCCUGUACAACGCCAGCGUGACGUUGAGCUUGUACUCACUGGCCAUGUUCUGGGUUUGCAUGAACGACGACUUGAAGCCCUUUCGGCCCAUGCCCAAGUUUCUCUGCAUCAAGCUCAUUAUCUUUGCCUCCUACUGGCAAGGAUUUUUCCUGUCCAUUCUACAAUUUCUGGGAGCUAUCCCGAAUAACGUCCCAGGUUACACUUCAGAUAACCUGGCUGCUGCUAUUCAAGACGCCUUGAUCUGCUUCGAAAUGCCGCUGUUUGCUAUGUCACAUUGGUACGCCUUCUCGUGGCAUGAUUACGCAGAUAUCACUAUUUCUGCCGCUCGCAUGCCGGUCAGAUUUGCCCUGAGGGACGCAUUCGGGCCUCGAGAUCUGAUUGAAGACACGAAAGAGACUUUUCGAGGCAAUCACUAUGAUUAUAGGCAUUUUGACUCUAGUGACAACGCAAUAGCUCAUGAGGAGUCUCACUCCCGCGUAGCUAGGAUGAUGGACGGCAUGCGAUAUGAAAGAGGAGGCAAAGGCAAAUACUGGAUACCCAAGCCACAACAAGUCAAUGCUCGAACGCCUUUACUCCCUGAAAGAGGUUCUUCACGUGCUCCCGCUCCUGAAACAAGAGGGAAAGCGCACGAGUACCGGGCAGCCGACCCAGACUGGGAGAUAGGUAUAGAUGCCGAAGAUGAGCGACUCUUUACGAACGCGAGAGCUCUCGAAUUUGGCGACUGGAAUUAUCCCGUCAUAACAGCACAUGAAGCUCGGCGGGAAGACUGGAUGAACCACAAUCCAAACAUUCUCUCUACCUCCACCAAUCGCAACCUCUUCCAACCCACCAAAGACCGCAAAGACCGCCGACGCAGCGAGAUCCAGAAGAGCAUCCAGAAAGGCAAGAAUCGGAGCGGCUCGUCCUCCCAAGGCUCUUCCGACGACCCAGCCAAUCGAGGCGCCAUCGAAUCCAAGCUGAAACGUGAUCGGUCGCAGUCCGCCUCGGGCCAAUCCGACCGUAGCCAGCUCGUCGACCUCAUUGUGGAAGACACGGAGGCUGAAGAAGCUGAACGCGUCCGCGCCAGGAAGGAAGGUGGCGAUGCCUGGAACCGUAACCAGGCCAAGCACUUUGUCAGAACGUAUAGCAUCGACGACGAAGCACGUGAGGGUCAGGAGAUCCGUGAAGGAUUCGAUCCUAGUACAAUACCGGCGAAAGCACCUCCUGAACACGCCGUUGAAGAAGAAGAGACAGAGGACGAGGAAGGAGAGGGCGGAGAUGGCGACGGUCAUGGUCAGGACUCUGGUCAGAAAGGGAGGUAUGGCAGCCUUGUAGGAGAAGACAACGUAUGGGGUCAGAGAUGAUGUUGGGUUGUUUUCGCUAUCGUUCAAUCGUUGGGCCUUGCCCGCGGGCUUCAAUAGUACGCCUGGUGUCGUUUGGAGCACACGGAUGUGGCUGGUAUCGCGCUGAGUGCACCGUGCCUGGCUGGAUAAGCUUUGGUUGUGUUCCCUCUCUAAUCGAAGCGUUCAAGCGAGCAAUACAAUGCAUUUGAUUUUGGCGUUUGGCAUCUGCAAGCUUGAUCACAUCUUCCGAAAGACAGCCCUGAUUGCUUUCUACAUGUUCACAGAUUUAAAGGUCAAGCUUGAUAUGUGAUCUUAUUGUCUCAUCAUUCCCUAGAAUUUUGAUGGCGCAUUAUGCUUAUUGGC